ACACGCCUUCUCACUCCUCAGCGCUCAUGCCAAGACCGAUGCCCAGCCCCUGCUUCCUCCUCCUUCUCCUCUCCUACACCUCCGCCUCAGACGUCAACCUCGACAACAUCAUCAACAACGCCGGCGCCGACGCCACAGCCGGCAACAACCCCGAGGACCGCGGCCCCGCCUACAACCGGUACGGCGAGGACCUGUUCGCCACCGACGACGACAGCCCUGAGGCGGUCGACGAGGCCCACGUGGUCGUCCUCACCGUCGCCAACUUCUCCUCCUUCCUCGCCGCACGCCGGCACGUCAUGGUCGACUUCUACGUGCCCUGGCGCUCCUGGUCCCGCAAGCUCGCGCCGGAGUACGCCGCGGCCGCGUCGCACCUGGCCGAUACGGGGCUCGACGUCGCGCUCGCCAAGGUCGACGUUGCCCGGAACAACCAGCUCGCGCGCGCCCACGACGUGAUUGGCUACCCCACCGUCCACUUCUUCGUCGACGGCGCCGUACCCAAGGGCUACCGCUACUACGGCGAGAGGACCAAGGACGCCAUUGUCGCUUGGAUCACCAGGAAGCUGGGCCCUGCCGUGCGGAACAUCAGCACUGUCGACGAGGCCGAGAAGAUCGUCGCCGAUCAUGGCAUGGCCGUGCUCGCCUUCCUCGACUCCCUCUCGGGUGGUCACAGCGAUGAGCUUGCUGCUGCUUCAAGGCUGGAGGACAGCAUCAACGUUUACCAGACCACCAGUCCCGAUGUAGCCGAGCUUUUCGGCGUUGACCCGGAAGCAAAGCGCCCGCUCGUAGUCCUGCUGGAAGCAGAUCAUGAGGGGAAGCUGACCGUAUCCCGGUAUAGGCGUUCCACAUUGUCCGAUUUGUUUUUGAACCACAGCUUACUGUAAUGUCUCACUGUCCGCUCCAAGAAACCGAUCUCUAUAUAUAUUCUUGUCAUCAAUGUAUAGUUGUAUACAUUGACAGACAUAUCCCCGUUUUCCUUC